GCCGAGCGAAUGUUCAGUAAACGCGCUGCUGCUGGGAGGAGGCAUUACCGACAUUUCGUCUUUGACAGCCGGCUGGAGACACCUCUCCUGCAGGAAACAUUUUAACUCGCCCACAAACCACAGUCCGGUGUUGCUGUUUGCUGUCCUAGCAGAGCGAGAAAAGGAAGAAAUAAUAAGCUUGGGUUUGCUCCGCAGCGGUAGACAGAGCUGAGGGGAAGCAGAGCAGACCCUGCCCUCCCUGACUGGAGAGGGAAUCACAACCACAGCUCCAGCCGCACAGAUUGUCUUUGCUUCCAUCAUGCAGACCUCCGUGCUUCUCCUUUCCCCAAUCCUCCUCCUGUGUCUCCUCAUCCCCAUCUGCUGCUCUCAGAGCGAGGCAGACCUCGUUGUUCAGACACGUACUGGUCGAGUCCGUGGCAUUCGCAUGCCGGUGCCAGACCGAAGCUACGUCACCUCUUUCCUGGGCAUCCCCUUCGGUGAGCCGCCGGUAGGGAAGCGGCGUUUCCGUCGUGCUGAGCCAAAGCGUCCGUGGACAGGGGUGUAUGAGGCCAACGCCUACCCCAACGCCUGCUACCAGUUUGUGGACACGUCGUUCCCCGGCUUCCAAGGCAGUGAGAUGUGGAACCCCAACAGAGAGAUGAGCGAGGACUGCCUGUACCUCAAUAUCUGGGUGCCCUCCUCACCCAGACCACACAAUCUCACCGUCAUGGUGUGGAUCUACGGCGGAGGGUUCUACAGUGGUUCUUCUUCUCUGGAUGUGUAUGAUGGCCGGUACCUAGCUCACAGUGAGACGGUCAUUGUGGUUUCCAUGAACUAUCGUAUCGGUGCCUUCGGCUUCCUCGCUCUGCCUGGCUCCUCUGAGGCUCCUGGCAACGUGGGUCUGCUGGACCAGAGGAUGGCACUGCAGUGGGUACAAGAUAACAUCCAUGUAUUUGGUGGAAACCCCAAACAGGUGACUAUCUUUGGCGAGAGUGCCGGUGGUGCUUCAGUAGGAUUCCACCUUUUGUCUCCAGACAGCAGACCUACCUUCACCAGGGCCAUCCUCCAGAGCGGGGUCCCCAACUGUCCUUGGGCCUCGGUCAGCCCUGCUGAGGCCCGCAGACGGGCCACACUGCUGGGCAAAGAGGUUGGCUGCAAUGGAGGCAAUGACACAGAGCUGGUGGACUGUCUGCGCAGUAAAACUCCACAGGAACUCAUCGACCAGGAGUGGCAGGUGCUGCCAUGGCCAGCCCUCUUCCGGUUUUCAUUUGUUCCUGUUGUUGAUGGCGAGGUUCUGCCUGACACUCCCGAGGCCAUGCUCAGCUCAGGCAACAUUAAAGAUACACAGAUCCUGCUCGGGGUCAACCAGGACGAGGGCUCCUACUUCCUGCUGUACGGAGCUCCGGGCUUCAGCAAGGACAACGACAGCCUCAUCUCCAGAGAGGACUUCUUGGAAGGUGUGAAGCUGAUUGUACCACAUGCUAAUGAUAUUGGCCGGGAGGCGGUGGUGCUGCAGUACACCGACUGGAUGGAUGAGAAUAACGGAUUAAAGAACCGCGACGCCAUGGAUGACAUGGUGGGCGACCAUAACGUCAUCUGCCCGCUGGCCCACUUUGCUCGCUCCUACGCCCAGCACAACGCCCUCAAGGCUAACAUGGGAGGAGUGAUAAACAGUGGAGGAAACUCACAAGGAGGGCUCUACCUCUACCUGUUCGACCACCGAGCGUCCAACCUGGCAUGGCCGGAGUGGAUGGGUGUGAUCCACGGCUACGAGAUCGAGUUUGUCUUCGGCCUGCCACUGGAAAAGAGACUUAACUACACCCUAGAGGAGGAGAAACUGAGCCAACGCAUGAUGAAAUACUGGGCCAACUUUGCACGAACUGGAAAUCCCAAUGUGAACCACGACGGGCUGGUGGACAGCAAGAAGCGCUGGCCUCUGUUCACCGUCAGCGAGCAGAAACACGUCGGACUCAACACUGAACCACUGAAGGUCCACAAAGGUCUGAGGAACCAGAUGUGCGCUUUCUGGAACCGCUUCCUGCCACGCCUCCUCAACAUCACCGACAACAUAGACGAGGCGGAGCGUCAGUGGAAGGUUGAGUUCCACCGCUGGUCCUCCUACAUGAUGCACUGGAAGAGCCAGUUUGACCACUACAGCAAGCAGGAGCGCUGCACUGACCUCUAAGAGCCUCAGCGGAGAGAUGAGAGAAUGACGGGGAGGGGGGAGGCAGAGAGAACAAGCUGUGGCCAUUUUCCUCCAUAGCCCCUCAGUGAAGUCUAACUUCAUUAAAACAUUUAUUUUUCUGUUUCACUCCACACACAAAUCACACAGGCACUGUUUUAUCUUUAUUUGUAUUAUUUAUACUAUUUAUUUAUGCGAUAUUUUUUUGUUUAUUUCUGUGUGUCUCUGUGGGAAUUAAGGGCUAUGGAGGGAAGUUGUCAUCAAUAUGGAGGAAUAUUAGAAAUGUCAAAGAUGUGUCAUUACCUCGGGUGUGUGUGUGUGUGCGUGCGUGCGUGCAUGUGUGUGUGUGUGUUUGUGGCUUGAAAGCCUGCAGUUUAACUCAAAUAUCAACAGGCCCAUGACACUGCACCACUGCUGGUUUACUGUUGACUCACUUGUCUUUGUGUUGAUCUCAUCAGCUCAUCUUUUGUUUUCGGAGGAUUCCUUCUUUCCAACAUAUCAGGGUUUUUGUUUUUGUUUUUUUGGACUCAACAACACUGUUUAUUUCUGUCGAGGCCUUUCUGUCUUGUUCUUGUUACCACUAUUAUGACCACUAUUCCCAUUACCUGUCGUGUUCUUCUUCACUCUGUCUUGUGUGUUUGUCAUGUGGUAAAGCCAUAAAAUGGGUUACAUCCAA